UUCAAUGUUAGCUUUAUGAUAGAAAUAGUUCUCUUCUUCACCCGAAACGAAGGGGAAUUCCCUGGUUUUUGUCUGCCUCUUAUGAAAGCAAACUCCUGAUUUUGUGUUCUCCAAAAAACAAGCCCUUCCUUUUAGUGAGAGAGCGCCAAUUAACAACUAGAAGGAAGAAAGAAACAAAAAGACAAACAUCGAUCUGUAACUAUAUCAAUCUUUUCUCUUUCAAAUGUCAAAUAUUACAGGUGAUGAAGGGAGCUUCUCUUCAGGAAAUACUGGGGAAGAAGCUCAUCAAGAAAAGCAGCAACAACAGCUACAACACCACCUCCAUGGCUCAAGCUCAGGAGCUCCUGGUGCCUCUAACAGCAACAGCUCUACCUCCCAACAGCAACCUGUUAAGAAGAAAAGGAAUCUUCCAGGAACUCCAGAUCCAAAAGCUGAAGUUAUUGCUCUAUCGCCAACAACUCUAAUGGCAACAAACAGGUUUGUGUGUGAGAUUUGCAACAAAGGGUUCCAGAGGGACCAAAACCUUCAGUUGCACCGAAGAGGUCAUAAUCUUCCAUGGAAGCUCAAGCAAAGAUCGAGCACCGAGGUCAGAAAACGGGUCUACAUAUGCCCUGAGCCGUCAUGUGUUCACCACAACGCGGCUCGUGCAUUAGGAGACCUUACAGGCAUUAAAAAACACUUUAGCCGGAAACAUGGAGAGAAGAAAUGGAAAUGUGACAAGUGCUCAAAGAAAUAUGCCGUGCAAUCAGAUUGGAAGGCUCAUCAAAAGAGCUGCGGUACUAGAGAAUACAAAUGUGAUUGUGGAACCAUCUUUUCCAGGAGAGAUAGCUUUAUCACCCACAGGGCCUUUUGUGAUGCAUUAACAGAGGAAAACAACAAAGUAAUAAACCAGGGACUAAUGAACAACAACAAUAUUGUAUCAAGCUUACAGACCCAGAUGCCUGAUCAGCUUAUUAUGUCAUCUCUUCCCAUGAACACCAUCACCAACACAUCCGAAAUUGACAAUUUAGACCCCAAGAACCCGCUAAAAUCCCUCUCUCAAGAACCAAUCCCAAUGCCAUUUAAGUCCAUGAACAUGGCAGGUGGCAUGUUCUCAACGAGCUCCGGCACUCUCUUUGGCGGUCCGAGGACCUCCUCUUCUUCAAGCCUUCAGCUCAGUUCAUCCAACAGCUCCUCUGCUUUCAAUUACCUCCAAGACAGCAAAAAUGGGUGCCAAGCAUCCGGGUCUGCUCACAUGUCAGCAACAGCCUUGUUACAGAAGGCGGCUCAAAUGGGCGCUACAGCAAGCAAUAGCAUAAACUCUCCCAUGAUGCAAAAGAGCUUUGUUAGCACCAUGGCUGGUCCAGGUGCCAUUCAUCAGCAGCAUAACCCCUCAUAUGAACACUUCCAACCACAGCCACCCGAUCAAUCAAACAUGGUUGGGAUGACGAUGAACAGCGGAGGAUUCACCAACCAGCUCUUGCAGAAAGGCCCACAAGAUCAUAUCUCUGAUCAUCUCUUUGAUACUAAUACCGUUGGCUCUACAUUAAUGAGUGACAUGUAUAGCCAUUUCAUGCAAAAAGAUGAUAGUAAUAGUACUUCUAGUUUGAUACAUGGAAGAACCACGGGGGAAAGAAUCUCGACAGGGAUAUUGGUUGGAGGAAGUGGUGGAGGAAAUAAUACGACGACACUAGAUCUCUUGGGGAUUGGAGGGUCAUCAAGGCCUGUAAAUUUUCAUGAACAUCAUCAGCAGCAGCAACAACAACAGCAACAACAAAGGUUGGAGUUGGAGGCGAUGAUCGAGCCAGCAAAGGUUGCCAAUUAUGAACCCUUUCCGGCAACAACUCACACGUGGGGAUUCAGGAAUUGAAAAGCCCAUUUGGGAUGUUUGAGAAAAAUACGUUUCAUGCAUGUUCCUUGUACGUUGAGAUGGGUCAUGGGCUCGGAUCGGGCUAGCUAUACCCAAUUUAGCCAUUGUCAAACAUGAGCAUGAUUUUUGAGUUCAGUCUACCCUCAUAUAUGCAAGAUCCAUUUAAACUUGAA